AUGCGUUGGGUGACGCUGACACAUGCUUUCCUUACUGCAGAGUCUGAAACAUCACUUCUACAAAUUAUAGUGCCGCAGAAGAUUGGGUCAAACUCCAGUGCCGACGGUGAUUCAGAAACGCAGGUCACUUAUGCCAUCAAAAUAGACAGGAAAACAUAUACUCUCCAUCUUGAAAAACAGUCAUUUUUAGACUCUCACUUCCUGGUCUAUUCAUACAAGUCAGGGGCAUUGUAUCCAGAGUCUUCACUUAUAAAGGGCCAUUGCUUUUAUCAAGGAUUUGCCACAGAGAUUCCAAAAUCCAUUGUGACGCUCAGCACCUGUUCCGGACUCAGUGGAUUAUUGCAGUUCGAAAAUGUCAGUUACGGAAUUGAACCAUUGGAAUAUUCAUCUACAUAUGAGCAUAUGCUUUAUCAGAUAAAGGAUAAUAAAAUUGAUGUUUCCUCUAUACCGGAAGAUUAUUCAACCUCCCAGGUGGUAGAUCAGUCCUAUAAAAUUCUUGUAAAAUCAGAAAAAAAAUCAGAUGUGCUGUUGAAAAGUAUUCUGAAAAUACAAGUCAUUAUGGAUAAAGCUUUGUAUGAUUAUAUGGGCUCUGAAGUGGCAGUUGCAGCUCAGAAAAUUGUCCACGUCUUUAGUCUGAUCAACACUAUGUUUUCCCAGCUUAAAGUGACUGUGAUGUUAACUUCUCUGGAGCUCUGGUCAGAUCAAAAUAAAAUUUCAACUAAUGGGGAUGCUAAUGAGUUAUUACAUAGAUUUGUGUCAUGGAAAGAAAAAUUUUUGUUUCAAAGGUCCCAUGACAUGGCAUACUUACUAAUUUACAGGGACCAUCCUAAUUAUGUAGGAGCAACGUACCAUGGAAUGGCAUGUGACCCAAAGUUUGCUGCAGGAAUUGCUCUGUAUCCAAAGAUGAUAACCUUAGAGGCAUUUUCUGUUGUUAUGGCACAGUUGCUUGGAAUUAACCUGGGAUUAGCAUAUAAUAAUGAUAUCUACACUUGUUACUGUCCGGCAUCUACAUGCAUAAUGAAUCCUGAAGCAAUACGUUCCCAUGGUGUAAAGUUUUUCAGCAGUUGCAGCGUAGAUGGAUUUAAACACAUAGUUUCACAGCCUGAAUUUGAAUGUCUUCAGAAUCAAACAGUUCCAAAAGUGGUUCCACAAGGAAGAGUUGGAGUUUGUGGCAAUGGAAUUUUGGAACCACCAGAGCAAUGUGAUUGUGGUGCUGAAGGGCAUUGCAGUCAUAUAAAAUGCUGUGAUCCUGUAAAUUGUGCUCUGAAGCCAAUGGCAACGUGUGGUACUGGACCAUGCUGUGACAAAAAAACUUGUCAUGUAUUUUCAAAAGGAAAAUUAUGUAGAAAAAGCACAGAUCUGUGUGAUUUUCCAGAAUAUUGCGAUGGCAGAUCUGAGUUCUGUGUACCUGACAUGAAAGCUGCUGAUUUAGAACUGUGUAAUAAUAAGACUGCCUAUUGUUUCGAAGGAACGUGCCGUGACCCUGAUCAGCAGUGUGCACAGUUGUUUGGAAAAUUUGCAAAAGCGGGUACUGAUAUAUGUAUGCAAGAAGUGAAUAUGCACUCAGACAAUUUUGGAAACUGUAACGCUGCAUUUUGUCAUCUUAGGAAUGUCUUAUGCGGAAAGUUAGUUUGUACCUGGACACGAACAGAAGUAGUGCCAUUUAAAAAUUUUGAUACUCAAUAUGCUUACGUUGAUGGCCUUGUGUGUAUAUCUGCAAGUCUGAGAAAUCUGACACCAGUGUUACUGCCAGUGGAUUAUACCUAUGUAUGGAAUGGCACUAUGUGUGGUCCAAAUCGGUUUUGUGAAAGGGCAAGUUGCAGAACCAUUGAAAACGAACGUGCACUAUGUAUUUCCCAACAGAAAUGCAAAGGACAUGGGGUUUGCAAUACUUUAAAUAAUUGUCACUGUGAUGCUGGAUAUGCUCCUCCAAAUUGUAGCGAAAGACCCUCAUCACCAGGAGGAAGUAUAGAUGAUGGGUUUUGGUCUGUAGAUGAUAGAAGUGCAGACUUUCUGGUAAAACGACGUGGUGCUUCUCGAAAAAAUGGCCUCUUGAUCAGUUUCUACGUUUUCUUACCUUUCCUCAUUUUAAUUGCCAUUAUUGCUUUUAAAUGGAAUAAAAUGAAGAUAUUUUGGAACAGAGAGGGUACAGUAAGUGGAGGAUCUGUAUCAGAAGACAGCAGUAGUAACAGCACCCAGUCUUACAGUUAAAGUUUAUGGAUGUUGAAAGAGAAAAUCUGCACAAGUGAUCAUGGCCAAG